UGUAAAUAGCUUAACUAUUUUUAUAUUUAUAUUGUCCUUUACUGGGAGACUGAGAAGAAGAAGACUCCCCACAAAUCUGAGGUUGACCACAAAGAGUGAUGAAGAACAGACUUGUGGAUGCAGAACGAACCCACAUCAAAACCACAUGAAGAAAGCAGCGAGUGAAGUCCAGGUCUUCACCUCGUGGUCUCUGGUCAGCCUGGUGAAGCUCAUGUACCCGUACUGCGUCCAGCUGCAUGUAGUGGACAAGCAGACGUCUUUUUUGAUGUUAAGAAGAGGCAAAAGUGAUAUGGAGAGAGAAUUCUAACGAUGUAACAAGAAGAAAAGAGCCUUCCAAGAAUUAGGAAUGAAAGCCCACCUUCAGAUGAAUCAGAAGAUGUUUUUACGGGCGUCCGUGGACGAUGGAGCAGAGGACAGACUUGUUUAAAAGGGAGCAGAAGUGGGGACUGAACUCGUACUUGUACGCCCCCAAAGACGACUACAAACACCGGAUGUACUGGAGAGACCUGUACACCGCCCAGGAGGCCGAGCAACUGACGUCUCUGAUAUCAGCAGCCAAAGAGCAUGACGUUGACUUUAUCUAUGCCAUCUCUCCUGGCCUGGACAUCACCUUUUCCAGUCCCAGAGAGCUCGCUGCCCUCAAGAAGAAACUGGAUCAGGUGAAGGAGCUCGGCUGCAGCUCAUUCUCUCUCCUCUUUGAUGACAUAGAGACGGAGAUGUGUCCAGCUGACAAACAGGCCUUCAGCUCUUUUGCUCACGCACAGGUGGCCGUCACUAAUGAGGUCUACCUGCACCUGGGAGAACCAGAGACCUUCCUCUUCUGUCCCACAGAUUAUUGCGCUAUUAAUUGCACCCCCAACGUGUCUCAGUCGUCCUACCUGCAGACUGUUGGAGACAAACUGUUGCCCGGGAUCCACAUACUGUGGACUGGUCCUAAAGUGGUGUCCCACCAGAUCUCUGUGGAGUCCAUAGAGGAAGUGUCUGUUGUCCUGAAGAGGGCGCCAGUUAUUUGGGACAACAUCCACGCCAACGACUACGACCCCCAAAGGCUUUUCCUUGGACCCUAUAAAGACCGUCCCACUGAGCUGAUUCCAAAACUCGGCGGCGUGCUCACGAAUCCUAACUGUGAGUUCUACCCAAACGUUGUGGCUGUGCACUCUCUGGCUACAUGGUGCAAGUGUGCACCUGAUGGCAGGACAAAGGAUGUGGACAUGAGCGAUGAGGACCAGGAUCCGCUCUACAGCCCUGAGAAGGCGCUCACUCUGGCUCUGACUGACUGGCUGCAGGAGUUCCUGAGCAGCGACCAACCAGCAGAUCCUCGGCGUCCUUCAGACCCUCUCAGAAAAGUGUCUCCAGAUGAGGAGCCCAUGCAGACGGAUCUGGGAGAAUGUGCCUAUGUUCGUGGACCUGGGGAGAACCCGCUGUACACAGCAGAACCUCUGACCUUGGAGGACCUGAAGCUGCUGUCGGACCUCUUCUACCUGCCGUAUGAACAUGGACCCACAGCUAAAACCAUGCUACAGGAGCUGCACUGGCUCAAGAAAAACAGCCAGGACAAGACAGACGAGUGGCACUCCAGAGCGCAGCGCUUCGAUCACAUGUGUGAGGCUGUGGUGCAGAUGUUCAAUCGCCUCUCGAAUGCUCCAAACCGCCGCAUCCUCUACGACCUCUACAACUACAUCUGUGACAUCAAGAGUGGGGUCGGGAUGGCACGAGCAUACGUUAAGCUUCUGGGGGGACACGGGCGACCCGCGGCUCAGCUGAUGAAUGAUGACCCCGAACCCUGGGGCUUCAGAGGAGGCCUUUCUGGAGAGUUCCAGAGGAUGCUUCCUGGGCAUGGGAACAGGGACCUGUUUCCACAUCCACCCACAACAGCGGUCUACUGUGUGCGGCCAUACUGCCCAGGGGACAAGGCAGACGUGGAGAAGAUCUUCAGGGAGAUGCAGCCUGCAGAAGAGGGCAAAGUCCCCCCGACCACCCUGCUGAGCGACGGCUUGUCAGCAGGUCAAGUCCCGCCUUCUCCUGACUGUGCUUUUAUCCUGGAGGACGGCACGGGGGCGUGCGGAUAUGCACUCGCUGUCACAGACGCCAAAUCAACUGCAGCAAAGAUUCAGAGCCCAGUGAGUGAGUCUCUACUCAAGAAGUUCCCAUCCCUGGUCACCGUCCAGGUCCUGCCCCGAGUCCUUGAUCCCUCACCGGCCAAACGCAUGUUUGCCUGUUUGCUGCCCGCCAUCAGGAACAGCGGGUCUCGUGGGGCAUUUUGUGAGCUGAGACACCGCGACCACAGGAUGCUCGACUUCUACACCAAACUUGGCUCCUUUAGAACCGUCCAAACGCCGGCUCUGCCUCAGGACGUGGUUACCAUGGUAACAGGCCUGUGACCCUGGUCGCUAACAUGGAUUCCUCUCAGGUGUCUGAUUCAUUAACGGGGACCACUAACUGUAGCGUGCUAGCUUGGUCCCGCUGGUGAUCAGCCAAUGCUGAAAAUGGGCCCUGAAGUUUGGAGAUUGAAGAGUGAAAUAAUGACCAAAUGUUUAAUAUGAAAAAUUUAUAUAAAUAAUGUAUUUGAUAUUUUUAUGAUGGGUUCUGAUCCUGUUCAAUAAAACGGGCCCAUGUGCACCA